CAUUUCCAAUGCGGUGCCAAAUGUUUCUAAUUCGGUAAUUCGGCAGAAUGCUGUUUGGGGGGGAAAGCGCAUAUGAAAUAAACGUGGGUGGGAUCCCGACUGCAUUCGGAAUCGGAUAUAUAACAAAGAAACCGACGAGCUACAUUUAGAGAAAUAUUGGAAGUAUAUCUGUAUUCUGCACAAACUGGAUGGGCUCUUGUAAGGGAUGGACGCAUUGUCCUUGCGUCUUCGCCGAUUAUCGGAGGGGAUUUUAUCGACAUUUCUCCCUCCGAAGGUCUUAUAUUCAUUUCCAAGUACUUAAGGAGACAAUAGCACCGUUCGAGCAUUUCUCAUUCUAGCUGUGGGGGGCUUAUAAGGCUCGUUUUGGAUAAUAAUAAUAAUAAAAAAAAUCAAAUAAAUCAACUUUAUUGAUGAUCCAUGCUGAGCGGAAGGUCUGUUUUGGGGGAUUUUAAAGAUUUAUCGACUCGAGUGAACCGUUUGCGAUAAAGAAUCGGAAAAUCGGCAUAUCAUUCUGCAUUUGGAUGAGAUUUUCCUGGUCUAUUUAAUACAUUUAUUGUUUUGAAAGUAUCGUAUAUUACAUUUAUCCAAGUGAGAAUAUUGAUAAGGGACUUUGGAACCAGAGUAGGAGAUUUGGACAUCAUCAUCAUCAUCAUCAUCACCAUUUCUGAAGAUCUUGGACAUCUUUGUGCUGCUCUGAACUUGGGAAUCGUUUGGAUGCUCCGGGACGGAGCUGUAGUAUUCCUGGCUGAUGAAGCUGUUUCCUCUCCACAAUCUCCCUCCAACAGUCUGGGUGAUUUUUCCAGCACAGCUGCAGUGGCACGGAAGAAGCGACCUUUGUUUAUAUUGUUUCUCAACAGCGUUUUAAAUGCAGUCUGGAUCUUGUAAAGCUCAACUAAUCACUGUAGUGAUUAUGUUUGCCCACUAUCUUCCCGACUAAGUACACCAUUUAUCAGCCUGUGACAAACUUCCAAGUUCAGCAUCCUGUUUGCUACCUAACUUCAGGAACUGAAGGGCAUUACACACGACUCAAAAUUGUUCACACUUGUUUCUAAUGAUGUGAAAACGUGAUGUUGAGACAGAAUGAAUCUCUGAGUCGCAUUGCUCCAGUUACCCAGAAGUCCUUGAAAAGACAGGAGAUGCCCUUCUGAGAUGACUGACACAGGAACAAACUUCAUAUCUGGACCAGGAAGCUGAUGCAUCAUGGAGAGGCUGGUGUUUUAUGUCUUGGUGUUUGGCGCUCUGGUGAAGGCUCAACACUGUCCUGGUCGAUGCAUCUGUCAGACCAUCUCACCAACGCUUACCCUCCUCUGUGCCAAGACUGGACUUCUGUUUGUACCACCAACCAUUGACCGCAGGACCGUAGAGCUACGCCUGACCGACAACUUCAUCACUGCUAUACGAAGGAAAGACUUCUUAAACAUGACUAGUCUGGUGCACCUCACGCUGUCACGCAAUACCAUCAGUCAGAUCGAUCCGCAUGCUUUUGAGGGACUCAAGUCUUUGAGAGCGCUACACAUGGACGGAAACCGUCUAACUGUCAUUAAUAGUGACCAGCUGAAGGGUUUGACCAGCCUGAGACACCUUAUACUGGGCAAUAAUCAAAUUCAGCAUAUUGAACCGUCCUCCUUUGAUUUGUUUGUAUCCACUAUUGAGGACUUGGAUUUGUCCUACAAUAACUUGAGGACAUUACCUUGGGAAGCCAUAGCCAAGAUGACCAACAUAAACACGUUGACUUUGGACCACAAUUUAAUCGACCACAUUGGCGUAGGGACCUUCACGCUCCUCACAAAGCUGGUACGAUUGGAUAUGACAUCAAACCGCUUGCAGACAUUGCCUCCUGACACUCUAUUCCAAAAUGCCCAAGUGUUGUCCGACCCAAAGAUGUCCAGCUCGUCAAAGCUGACAGUGAGUUUUGGUGGCAACCCUCUUCACUGUAACUGUGAGUUACUUUGGUUACGUCGGUUGACGAGGGAAGACGAUCUCGAGACUUGUGCUUCUCCAGAACAACUGAUGGACAAAUAUUUCUGGUCCAUCCAGGAGGAGGAGUUCAUCUGUGAGCCGCCUCUCAUUACCAAACACCAGGUCACCAAACCCUACGUCAUGGAAGGUCAGGGGUUGACUCUAAAGUGUAAGGCGAUGGGCGACCCGGAGCCCAAAAUUCACUGGCGUUUUCCAGAUGGCAAGUUGGUGCACAAUAAUUCUCGUACAAUCCUCUAUGACAACGGCACUCUGGAAAUCCUCAUAACCACUUUGAAGGACAGCGGCGCCUUCAACUGUGUCGCCUCUAAUGCAGCUGGAAUCGCAACAGCUGCCGUGGAGGUCAAUAUGAUUCCAUUGCCGUUGUUUGUGAACAACACAGGUCACAUGAGGGAGGCAGACCCGGGACUCUCUGACAUCACCACCUCGACCAAAUCUGGCAACAACGACACGAAGUCCCAGAACAAGAGAGUGGUUGUUGAGGAACUGAGCGCCAACUCUGCUGUGAUCCACUGGCCAUCGGAACGCCACAUUCCUGGAAUCAGAAUGUAUCAGAUUCAAUACAACAGCACUGUAGAUGACACCCUGGUGUACAGAAUGAUUCCCUCUGCAAGCAAGACGUUCAAGAUAAACGAUCUGGCCGCUGGUCGCGAGUACGAGCUGUGUGUGUUGGCCGUGUAUGAUGAUGGCAUCACAUCUCUCACAGCGACACGAGUGGUGGGGUGCGUUCAGUUCCACACGGCGGUGGAGGCUGGUCAGUGCCGCUUCAUCCACAGUCAGUUCCUUGGCGGAACCAUGAUCAUCAUCAUCGGCGGAAUAAUCGUUGCAUCCGUCCUCGUCUUCAUCAUCAUCCUCAUGAUCCGAUACAAGGCAUACAGUGGGGUUGGCGCAGCGAAGGCUAAAGCUCGCAGUGGCAUGCACGAGCACUCUCAGACAAACGGAAGCAGACUCGGGCGUUCCAGUUCGAAACAGCAGCAACAUUCGCAACCGAACGAGGAACGACCCUGUCGCAGCGAGUCGCCCACGAUGAAGGACUGCAAGGCUCUGGUGCUUCUACAGAUGGAGGAAACACAGGAGGAGCUGAAGGUGGAACUCCCGCCACUUUGCGAAGGGAAAGUGCCACCCUCUAGGCGAGCCAGUUUGGGCGGGCUGCCCUCAGACGACACGCAAACGGACAGCAGCCUCACAGGCUCCACCAUGUCUCUGUGCCUCAUCGGGCCGAGCACCGGUCCGACGGAACCACUGCGACUCAAGGACAGUAAGGGGGCGCUGACAAACAUAAGCCUGCUGCCCAGCGAGCUCGCCCGGACUCGGCACCGGUUCUCAUUCGACGGAGAUUAUGCUCUGUUCCAGAGUCACAGUUACCCGCGACGGGCUCGAACCCGGCGACACAAAUCCACCACACAGCUGAACACGGACACGUCACCCCCUUGCAAUCGCAGGGUGACGUUCAGCAGCACAGAGUGGAUGUUAGAGAGUACGGUGUGAUGGACAGAUGACUACACAACAUAAACACACACGCUUGUGCAGACACGGAAGCCAACUCCUACACACAUUUUGACAUGUCUAUAUAUAGACGUUGUUGCAGUCACAUAUUGAUUCCUACAUCCGUUUUAACAUGUUUGAAACAUAACACAGAUGCUCUGUUUCAAAAUCUAGUGAGCUGCCUACUUAGACAGUAUUUAAAGGCUUCAUUGUCAAGCAUAGUAAAUUAAAUCAUUUGUUGUGUAUGAAGUGAGAAAGGUGUCGAUAUGCUCAUAUUUGAUUCAGUAAUGAAAAGUAUUAAUAAAAAUUUAUAUUUUUGUUAUGAAUGGGACAGGGUAGUAGACUAGUUGACAACCAACAAGUAGGACUGUCAAUUGAUUUAAAUUGUAAUAGAUUAAUCACAUGAGAUGCCAAUUAAUCUAAUUAAUCACAAUCAAUCGCAUAUAUCAGUACUUGCUUAGAAAUGCCCCCAAAUAAAGAUAAUAAAACAUAAUAUAUAUAUUUAAUUAUAUAUUAUAUAAUUACUAGGGUUGUCCAUUUAACGUGUUAAUUCAGUGCAAUUAAUUAUAUUUUUAAAAAAUGCAUAAAAAAAUAAUAAUGCAAUUAAUCAUGUCCCCGGACCGUAAUACGGAAGAUUCCUGAGCAAUUUAAGCUUGAAGUACCACCUGUUUUCUCCAGGGGGCAGUUAGCGAAACUUCAGUUGUAUAAGCAACGUGCAGCUUAUACAGAGAGCAAACCAACCCUUCAGCAGUCAGCACAACACAAGGACGUGUUCUUGCAUUCAAAGCACAGCUUGAUGGAGUGCAAAUCCAAAUUUAGGGAUCUCAAGACAUGCUUUUCUAAGUAUUAAACUAUGUUUAACUUUACACAGCGACCUAAAAAUGGUAAGUUAUGACACAACGCAACCAAAGUGAGAUGCUCCAAAAGCGUCCGUCUGAUGCAGGUGUACAUAUUAAAUCUCGGACUGAUUGACAAAUUCAGUUGCAAAAUGGAUUGCUGUGAACUGUAGGCCAAUGAUAAGCUUAUGUUCAAUAAUAUGGAAAUAAAAAGUAAAGCUUUUUGUAUUGUCUUAUCAAUGCUUAACAAUAAUGUAAUGCAUUUUAAU